UCCCGCACAGAGCACAUAUAUUGCCGGAAGAGAAGAAUGGUAAAGAAGAAUCAAGAAGCGAGUGAACAGCAGAAGCAGCUACUGCAGCGUGAGGCCAUAGGACAAGAUGCCAUGCAGUUGUAUAUAUCCUGGCUGCGGUUUAAAAGCUAAAAAGUUCAAUCCAGAGACGUUCCAUGAUCUGCCGUUUCGAUACAAAAACCCGGAGCUUCUACAACAGUGGCUUGUCGUUCUCAAAAUGGACAUCACAACGCCACUCGAGACGCUAAAAAAGAAGCGCUACCGUGUGUGUAGCAGACAUUUCGAUGAUGACGACUUUUAUCAUCCUAGUAAAGUCAAGGAGUCCAAAAAGUCGACUAGAGUACUUCUGAAAAGGAACGCUAUUCCACGAGUGGGACCAUCGGCAGCGGACAUAGAUGAGGCUGGAGAGCAACAGUCUGGCCAGGUGGUAAUUGACGAAUCAGACAUGAUUGGACUGCCUCAAUCUACCCCCACAAAGAGCCAGGACACCAGUGUGAGACAGUCCACAUCUAAGAGCCUGUCCUUUGGCCUACCAUUAUCCCUGUUGAGUCCGGAACCAGCUGUAGUUAGACCACGUUUCAGUGCAAAGUAUUCGACUUACUCCUUCAUGGAUGAUGCCACAAAGGAGAUUGUCCACUUUGAAUUAGUUCAGGUUACGGAGGCUUCCAGUUCAGUAGCCAUGGAGGCGAUGGGAUUCAAAAGAGGCCUCGAUCACCUCCUGACCAUGGGUGUGGAUGUCGGUGUCAUCACUACUGAUAGAGCACCAUCGAUACGUAAAAUUAUGAGGGAGACCUACAGUGGCAUUCGGCACGAGUUUGAUUCAUGGCACGUCAACAAGAGUAAGUGUUAUGCCUACCAGAAGAACUAA